AUGACUGUACGGGCACCGUCAUUUCUAGUUCGGCGAAUAUGCGUCUUCAUCUUUUUAGGAAUCAUGGGAUAUUCGAUUUUUCAAAUGACCCGCAGCAAUUCCUAUUACGAUAUGACAGAUCGAAACAUUAUGCGAAAACAAAUCGAACUCGAUAUUAGCAAAUCAUCAAAUAAUGAAGCUCCAGUUAAAAAUUUGAAAAUCGAAAAUUAUAUAGCAUGUCCACAUCCUAUUUUGGACCCGUUCGACCCGAUCAUGAUGAAAUUCGUCCAAAAGGAGCCGCCUUUGACCUGUGACCCGGAGGAAGAUUGGGUUACUGUGAAGGGGAAUAUCGCGCAUAUCACCGACAAGGCUCUCAAGAAGUACGGCGACAUCCAGUGCAAAUUUAUGGACAUUUUGAGGGCCAACGAGUUCUCCACGUCGCUGGGCGUCGUGACCACCACUCACACGGAAUACAAUUUGGAGACAUCGGAUUUUUUCAGAGUUUACUGUAAAUCGGAAAAUGGAAAAUUCAGUUGGGAGAGCCGCAUGGCUGGCAUACGAUUCGACGAGGAUGUGAUAAAUAGAGCCGGAUGGGACCAGGUGCCCAAAGACGGGUUGGGCCUCAACGUUCUAAUGAUCGGAAUGGACUCUAUGUCAAACAUGAUGGUGCAGAGAAUACUGCCAAAGGUGUAUUCCAAACUCAAGUCUAUGGGAGCACGAGUGCUCAAUGGCUACAACAUUGUCGGCGACGGCACUCCGCAGGCGUUGAUACCGAUUUUGACAGGACGCACUGAACUGGAGCUUCCGGACACUAGGAAACGCAUGGGGAACAAAGCGUCAUACGUGGACGUCUACCCGUUCAUAUGGAACGAGUUCAAGAAACACGGCUACGUCACUGGUUAUGCUGAAGAUGUUCCGGACAUUGGCGUAUUUACGUACAGGCUAAAAGGAUUUGACCAACAGCCGACCGAUCAUUAUAUGCGAUUAUAUUACGUAGACGCGUCGCCAAUGUUCAAACAACAAAAGCCUUUUUGUUACGGUUCUCUACCUAGACACAAGUGUGCUAAAAGUAUUGAUGGGAGAACUGUAGCCUUGAAGAGUUUGAGUGAAACACGAUGGUCAGCUAGAGCACACUCUACUAAAGUACUUUGUGAGAAUUAUGAUACCAUACUUAAUCGUUUAAAAUAUUUAAGUGAAAAUACGGAAAUAAAAAAAGAUGCACGAAACGAAGCACAAAAUAUAAUUAACAAAAUUACAUCACUUGAUAUUGCUUUCAUGACAGUACUAUGGAACAGAAUUUUAGAAAGAUUUGACAAAACUAGUGUUAAAUUACAAGAGAAGUCACUUGAUUUAUCAGUCGCUGUUAAGCUUUUAAAAUCUUUACGGGCGUAUAUUGGUUCAAUAAGAAACAAUUUCAAUGAUAUAGAAAAAGUGGCAUUAUCUCUUUCUAAAGUUAUUUCUAAAAAGUAUAAUACUGAAAAAAAAGAAAAAUAA